AUGGGUAUCUCAGCCACAAUUUACAAUACAAUCUUCAAAAGGACCUCAACAAUGGCUCUUGCUGUCAUAGGAUCAGCGUUUUUCUUUGAAAGGACCUUUGAUCUUGGAACAGACUAUUUUUUUGAUAGGCACAAUGAAGGGAAAUUGUGGAAGCACAUCAAAGGGAGAUACCAGUAA